UUUGCAUAUGUUCAGUCCGCUGUGGAGGUGUGGGGUGGGGGCCCAACUAGUACUUUUGCAGGGCCUUCGUUAACAUUGAGGAUGUUUUUGAUUUCUGCUCAAACAUCCCUCGAGAUUAUCUCUUCAAUUCAAACAUCAAAACCUAAGAACUGGAAUGUCAGAGAGAAGCCAAACGUCGACAUUCAAGAAACUCUCCCACAAUGCCUAUACCAUUGGCUGGGUCUGCGCCCUGGAAAAGGAACAAACUGCCGCGAUAGCCAUGCUCGAAGAAAGACAUGAAACCCUCCCGAAAUCUCGGACUGACGACAAUACUUACGCACUGGGCUCGAUCGGGGACCACAACAUCGUGAUAGCCUGCCAGCUCAAUAGAGAUGGCCCCGCAACGGCUGUUGCCGUAUCGAUGAUCAGCACAUUCCAAUACAUCAGAUUCGGGGUCAUUGUUGGGAUUGGAAGUGGUAUCCCACCCAAAGUUCGAGUAGGCGAUGUUGUUGUCAGUCAACCUGUUGCAGAUUAUCCCGGUAUCGUUCAAUGGGAUUUCGGGAAAAAGGAAACUGGUAAAUUCGAACGGACCGGGACAUGCAAUAGACCCCCGAAUUCCCUUUUGGCCGCUGUGAACCGGCUUAAAACUGAACAUGAGAUGAAUGGAUCGAGAAUUGAUGAGUACCUCGAUGAGAUGGCAAAGAAAUUUCCUCAGUUGGCGUCCAAAUACACUUGGUGUGAUUCGUUGAGGGAUUCUCUGCUAGAUACAGGCAGUCACGAGAGAAGGAAUGUCUAUCUCAUGGUGUGGCAAGGCUCCGUUGCCUUUUUAUGGUAUCUUCUGGCAUUGUUGGCAGCCCUUCCAACCAAAGCACCAGCGACGACAGGCAAUCAAGAAAACGCAGCGAAUGAUGGAGAGAGAACCCACAAGGAGGUCCAAAUACAUUAUGGCCUAAUUGCGUCCGGCAAUAUGGAUAUCAAAGACGCCAAGUUUCGCGACAAUCUUGACAGAAGCUUUGGCGGAAACUUGCUGUGCGUGGAAACGAAAGCUGUUGAUAUAACGAACCAAUUUCCUUGUAUCGUGGUUCGAGGAAUUUGCGAUUAUGCAGACGCCGCAAAUAAUGACGAGUGGCAGGAAUACGCUGCGGCCGUCGCUGCAGCAUAUGCAAAAGAACUGUUGGGAUGGGUGCAAUCAAGUGACGUUGAUACAGAAAACCCGGUGAAAAUUAUACUUGAUGAAGUUCGUGAGACUGUUUCAAGAACAAGGAAAGACGUCGGAGAUGUCAAAUCCAACAUAUCGAAGAAAGAGAAAAUAAAAGUCCUCAACUGGCUCACUCCGAUUGAAUACGGCCCUCAGCAUACGGAUUACAUCCGUAGACGGCAGCCAGGAGCUGGGGAUUGGUUACUUGAAUCUCCCGAAUACCAGAAAUGGCUGACAUCGAGCAGGAAAACGCUGUUCUGUCCAGGCAUUCCUGGCGCUGGGAAGACGAUCCUUGUGGCAAGCGUCGUCGACAGUCUGCUCCAUAGAUUUCGAAACAAUUCGAGGAUUGGGGUUGCUUACAUGUACUUGAACUUCCAAGAGCAGCAAACACAAACGGUUCACGCUCUUCUUCUGAGCAUCGCGAAGCAGCUGAUCAGGCAAUCCUCCUCUAUGCCAGGGGAAAUACGAGACUUAUACAAGUAUUGUCAAUCCAAUGGGACUGCACCAUCAUCAGAUGAAAUUUCCAAGGUUACCCGACUGGCCUUCAAGCUAUACUCACGAGUGUUCCUUGUCAUCGACGAAUGCAACCCAUUCGUUCGAUCAAACUUGCUGUCGGAAAUUCUUGGGCUGCAAUUUCAUGGUAAUAUCAAGCUAUUUGCUACAUCGCGACUUUUCAAUGAUAUCGCAAACCGAUUUGGAACUAUCAAACUCGAGAUACGAGCCUCAGAUGGCGAUGUGGAAAAGUAUCUAGAUGGAAACAUGUCUGCCCUCCCUUCAUGCGUGACGCGGAACAAAAACCUACAAGAUACCAUCAAAAAAGUACUUGUAAAAUCCGUUGACGGAAUGUUCCUGCUCGCACAGCUCUAUAUGGACUCUCUUCGCGAUAAAGUAACAGAAAGAGCGGUUUUGGACGCCCUGGAGGAGUUUCAACAACUAAAGCCAGGGUCUGAUUAUUCCAACAAGCACAGAGUACUGUCUCUAGCAUACGAUGGGGUGAUCAACUGGAUUGAAAGCCAAGGCCCAGGACUCAGCGGCCUUGCGCGAAAUGUGCUUAUAUGGAUAACCCACGCGAAGAGACCCCUUACUACAAUGGAGCUUCAACACGCACUUUCAGUGAAGCCCAAUACAUCUGUACUGGAUGAAAAGAACAUUCCAGACCUCGAUGACAUGGUCUCUGCAUGUGCAGGGCUCGUGAGGGUUGAUGAAGAAAGCCAAACCAUUCAUUUGGCGCAUAACACGACAAGAGAAUAUUUCGAACAGACACUGAGGAGGGAAUGGUUGUCAAACGCAGAAAGUGUGAUUGCUAGAACCUGCAUGACAUACAUUUCAUUCGACAAUUUCAAGGAUCUAUCUCACGAAGACAAUAUUGUGUUGAGCUUUCCAUUUGUGCAAUAUGCCGUCGAUUACACGUUAUCCCACAUAUCCCAUGUGGUAAAGUCUUCAAAGGGGCACAUAUUCCUCUUCGAAUGAACAAUGGGUUUUUUCGCGCACUUCGCCAAACUUACAGAUUGGGUCUAUCAUGAUAAUGGUCAUGGCGGCGACAAUGUGAAUAUGGUUGGGGGGACUAUGGCAGGC